CUGAGUUACUCGACAUAGGUGUAUAUUAAGUAUCAUAUGCUCUUUCCCUACAAUUCCUUGGCUUCCUAAACAGAAUCAUACUUGCUGUCUUCAAAAUGAUCAAGGCCAACUUGACCUCAAUGAGUGGAUUCCUCCUCAUGGGGUUUUCUGAUGACCGUAAGUUUCAGAUUUUACAUGCACUGCUAUUUUUGGUGACAUACCUCCUGGCCUUGACAGGCAAUCUGCUCAUUAUCACCAUCAUUACCUUGGACCAUCAUCUCCAUUCCCCCAUGUAUUACUUCUUGAAGCACCUCUCGCUUCUGGAUGUCUGCUUCAUCUCUGUCACUGUCCCCCAGUCCAUUGCAAACUCACUUACGGACAAUGGUUACAUCUCCCUUGGUCAGUGCAUUCUUCAAGUUUUAUUUUUCAUAGCUCUGGCCUCAUCCGAAGUGGCCAUCCUCACAGUGAUGUCUUAUGACCGGUAUGUGGCCAUCUGUCAACCACUACACUACGAGGUCGUUAUGGAUCCCAGUGCUUGUAGACGUGCAGUGAUAGCUGUGUGGGUUGCUGGGGGCCUUUCUGGUCUUAUGCACACAGCCAUUAAUUUCUCCAUACCUCUCUGUGGGGACCGAGUCAUACAUCAGUUCUUCUGUGAUGUUCCUCAGAUGCUGAAACUAUCCUGCUCUUACGAUUUCAUUAAUGAGAUGGCAGUGGCUGCAUUCACAACCUCCACAGCAUUUAUCUGCUUGAUCUCCAUUGUGCUCUCCUACAUCCACAUCUUCUCCACAGUACUGAGAAUUCCAUCAGCUGAGGCACGGACCAAGGUCUUCUCCACCUGUCUACCUCAUCUAUUUGUGGUUACUUUCUUCCUCUCAGCUGUAAGCUUUGAGUUUCUAAGGCCACCCUCUGAUUCCCUAUCAGCUAUGGACCUCAUGUUCUCCAUAUUCUAUACUGUGAUACCUCCAACGCUCAAUCCAGUCAUCUACAGUUUACGGAAUGAAGCCAUGAAGGCAGCUCUGAGGAAGGUGCUGUCAAAAGAAGAAUUUGUUCAGAGAAAGAUGGGUUUAAAAGCCAUUUUUAAACUCUAA